AUGAAGCGACACGAGAGCCUGAUUGACGUGGAAGCGAAUGCCUGCAACAUCGAAGAGGCCCAGAAAAUGCGCCAAAGCGUCCGAGAAUGGAAAGAAGAGAGUGACAUUCGGCUGGUGGCGAUGGAAAAAGAACGGACUGCAAGCCACUUUGAGUCCGUUCUUUCAUGGCUUAGGGUGGACGAGUCUGACCAGCUGGCCAUAAUCGAGUCUAUCUCAGCAGAGGCCGAAAAGUACCCAGGCACCUCCUCGUGGAUCAUCGAGAACGCCAAGGUAAAGGCAUGGCUUCGGCCCUCUCUUGACCCUCCACUACUUUGGAUUAAAGGAAGCCCCGGCACCGGAAAGAGUGUUCUGGCCGCACAACUUCUCAACUUUCUGAGAACUGCGAGAAUGCUUACUGUAUGCCAUUUUUGCACAUACUCGUAUGUCUCGUCCAUCUCUUACGAGCAUAUUCUGCGCUCUCUACUUGUUCAAAUCCUCCGUAGAAACGAAGAGCUUUCGGCCUAUGUCUACAAUGAUUAUUUCCUCGACAAGAAAAUUCCGACCUUACGGGUGCUCGAGCAGCUGUUACAGACAUGCGUUGAAAAUCUGUCUACUAUGCCGGACAAGUUCGAGCGUGUCUGGAUUGUUCUAGACGGGCUUGAUGAGUGUGAGGCAAGUACGCAGCUGCGCAUCAUCAGCACAAUGAGACAUAUCACGGCGAAAGCAAGUUCCAGUAACAAAGUCGCAUGCAAAGUUCUGGUGUCAAGCCGAAUGUCAGAGACCAUCUCAGAUCGACUUCGCAAAUCAGAUUUGGUUUCUCUAGCCGGUGAAAAGGACUCCCUUGACAGAUCGAUUCGCCAAUAUUCCAACUUUCGGCUUCAAACACUACACAGAAAACUAGAGCAACUGUACGUUGCAUCAACAGAUGUCAAUGAUAUUGUAGAGGCGAUUGUUAGAAAGGCCGAUGGAAUGUUCCUAUACGCCAGGCUUGUCCUGGAUUUUAUUUCUUCCAAUAUAUUUUACGAAAUAAAAGAGAUCAAACAGUCCGUAAAUCAGCUGCCGGAGCAGCUUGCCAGCCUCUUUCUACAAGACCGCAAAAGCCCUUUGCUGUUGAAAGAGUCAGACUCUGUCACCGCACAUGGAAUUGCUGCAACAUCAUGCCUCCUGUCCGGGAUCAAUGUCUUCGGUCCCAAAGAUGACGCGGACAAACGUCGUCUUCGCGUGAAACAGGAGCUUGUACUGCUUGACGACUUCUUUAACGAACCUAUGGAGGAAGUUGAUGCAUCGCUGAACAGAAUGAUCGGACAGCAGAAGCUUCAUCUGUAUCAGCUGCUCCACCCGAACCUGCUAAAUACGCGUAUUGUGGAUCUCGACGUGCCGCUGCUGCCACAGCUUGUACCAGAGCUCGAAAUACUGAAACAACAUCUUAGGCCAGAGCUCGUAAAUCUGUUGCAACAACAGCUUGAGGAGCUUUCGCAGUUCUCAGAUUAUGCACAGCAGCAGAGACUAAGUGCACAGGAGUCGGCGCAGACCACUGCACUGCAGUUUGGUAUAAAUCUAGCGAAUGCGAUCGGCUACUUACAUAGGAAACUUCAGCAAAAAUCUGAAUAUCACGAGCAGGAGAUUGGACAUUGGCGACAGAAUUUGCAACAGGUUUUGCCGUACCUAACCGGAGUUUAA